AUGAAUCUCUCAAAACAACAACUCUUCCCUUUACUUUUCCUCUCCCUCUUCAUCUUUCGUCCCCUACACGCCUCAAACCCUAAAAAAUGUUCUUCUUCCUAUUUGGAAUCAUUUUACACAUGCGGACGAUUCGGAGUCUCCAUCUGUUUUCCUUUCUGCGGCCACGCGGGAUUCAAUGUCCACUGCACCGACCUCAAUAAGACAGCCAUAGAGCUUCCAAUGUCCGGAACAUUUCUUGUCCAGGAAAUCAACUACAGGAAGCAGCAGAUUUCUCUCAACGACCCUGAAGGUUGCUUGGCUAAACGGCUUUUAACCUUCAAUACCUCAGGGUCUCCUUUCUCUCCUCGCUUCAGCGUCUACUACACGUUCUUGACCUGUCCUAACGAGGUCGUGAAGCUGUCUUGGUAUCCGUCUAUCCGUUGCCUAAGCAAUUCCACCUACUCCUUCUUUGCCACGUCUAAUUUGUCCCUCGCAGAAUCGAUGCUGCCUUCUUGCCAGAUCGUGAAGAAGAGAGUAGCUGUUCCGAUUAAUGUCUUGUUUGAAAAUAACAGAUUCUCUAGUGUCAUGAACGUUUUAGACCUCGAGCUGGAAUGGAGCUCGCCGAAUUGUAGAGGUUGUGAGAUGGAUUCGUUGAGAUGUGGUUUCAAGAACAAGGCCUCUCUUGAGGUUAAAUGCUUCUCUGAUACAUCCGGUCAUUUAGGGGCUAAUUCAGUACUACUUAUAACCCUCUGCACGAUCGGAGGAAUCUCAAUCUUCGCUUGUAUAGCUAUGAGUGUUUACAAUUCCGAGAGGUUUAACUUUCAGAGAAGACAAAAUGCGGCAAGAGACCUUACGCAGCAGCCAAGAGGAGUUGUGGUCACCAGACUCACCACGGGUCUUGACCAGUCUACAAUAGAGUCAUACAAGAAAGUCGAGCUGGGAGAAAGUAGAAGGCUUCCGGGUCCUAAUGGUAUCGUCUGUCCCAUUUGUUUGUCAGAAUAUGCUUGCAAAGAGACCAUACGGUGCAUGCCAGAGUGUGACCACUGUUUCCACGUCCAAUGUAUAGACGUGUGGCUCAAGAUUCAUGGUUCAUGCCCUAUUUGUCGGAACUCACGCUCGUGA